AGCAUAAUUUGUCACACGUACAUUUUUUCUUCUUCUUCUCUUGCAGAAAGCUCUGCGCUCUCUCUCUCUCUUUCUCUCUCUCCCCUUCUCCCUCUCGUACAUUUUCUUGCUGUUGCUAAUUCAUGGUGAUCAAAUGAUGUACGACAAAAUAAAUUGUAAAGAGUGACUGCUUGGAGUUGGGAACCAGAAGGUUGUUUUUUUUUUUUGGAAGGAGCGAUCAAACCUUUAAAAAGGAAGGACAAUUGAUUUUUUUGGGGGGGAGCUUAAGUGAACCUUUACUUUGGCAGCUGGUUGUGGAGCAGGGUUUCCAGCCAGGCGGAUUGAGGCUGCUCGCCAUGUCGAGGUCCGGGGACAGGACGUCUACUUUCGACCCCAGCCAUAGCGACAACCUGCUGCACGGCCUCAACCUGCUGUGGAGGAAGCAGCUCUUCUGCGACGUGACCCUGACAGCCCAAGGCCAGCACUUCCACUGCCACAAGGCCGUGCUGGCCUCGUGCUCCCAGUACUUUCGAUCACUCUUCUCCAGCACCGCCGGGGGCGGCGGGAGUGGGCACCACCACCACCACGCUCUGGGCGUCGGACCUGGCGCUCCGGACGGCCUGCCCCCCAAAGAGCAGCAGCAGCCGCCGCAGGAGGAGCCCGGCACGCCCUCCUCCUCCCCGGAGGACAAGCUGCUGGCCAGUCCCAGGGCCAUCAACAACCUGGUGCUUCAGGGCUGCUCGUCCAUCGGGCUGCGCCUGGUGCUCGAGUACCUGUACACGGCCAACGUGACCCUGUCCCUGGACACGGUGGAGGAGGUGCUGUCGGUCAGCAAGAUCCUGCACAUCCCGCAGGUGACCAAGCUGUGCGUGCAGUUCCUCAACGACCAGAUCUCGGUGCAGAACUACAAGCAAGUGUGCAAGAUCGCCGCCUUGCACGGCCUCGAGGAGACCAAGAAACUGGCCAACAAGUACCUGGUGGAGGACGUGCUGCUACUCAACUUCGAGGAGAUGCGCGCCCUCCUCGACUCGCUGCCACCCCCUGUGGAGUCGGAGCUGGCGCUCUUCCAGAUGUCCGUGCUGUGGCUGGAGCACGACCGCGAGACCCGCAUGCAGUACGCCCCGGACCUGAUGAAACGCCUCCGCUUCGCCCUCAUCCCGGCUCCGGAGCUCGUUGAGCGGGUCCAGUCGGUGGAUUUCAUGCGUACCGACCCGGUCUGCCAGAAGCUGCUGUUGGACGCCAUGAACUACCACCUGAUGCCCUUCAGACAGCACUGCAGGCAGAGUCUGGCCAGCAGAAUUCGCUCUAACAAGAAAAUGCUUUUGUUGGUUGGAGGACUGCCUCCUGGACCUGACAGACUACCCAGCAAUUUGGUUCAAUAUUACGAUGAUGAAAAGAAGACAUGGAAAAUUCUGACAAUUAUGCCAUACAAUAGCGCCCACCAUUGUGUUGUGGAAGUCGAAAAUUUCUUAUUCGUUCUGGGGGGAGAAGACCAGUGGAAUCCUAAUGGAAAGCACAGUACAAACUUUGUAAGCCGGUAUGAUCCUAGAUUCAACAGCUGGAUACAACUUCCACCCAUGCAAGAGAGGAGAGCCAGCUUUUAUGCCUGUCGACUUGACAAAAACUUGUAUGUGAUUGGUGGAAGAAACGAAACUGGCUACUUGUCUAGUGUGGAAUGCUAUACUUUAGAAUCAAAUGAGUGGCGUUAUGUAUCUUCCUUACCCCAACCCUUAGCAGCACAUGCUGGAGCUGUACAUAAUGGCAAAAUCUAUAUUUCAGGAGGAGUUCACAAUGGUGAAUAUGUCCCCUGGCUGUACUGCUAUGAUCCUGUUAUGGAUGUCUGGGCAAGAAAACAAGACAUGAACACUAAGAGAGCUAUCCAUGCAUUGGCUGUAAUGAAUGAUCGACUGUAUGCAAUUGGAGGAAAUCAUUUAAAAGGAUUUUCCCACCUUGACGUAAUGCUUGUGGAAUGCUAUGACCCAAAAGGCGACCAAUGGAAUAUUCUGCAGACUCCCAUUUUGGAGGGUCGUAGUGGUCCUGGAUGUGCCGUUCUUGAUGACAGCAUUUAUCUUGUAGGAGGUUAUAGUUGGAGUAUGGGAGCUUACAAAUCUUCCACAAUCUGCUACAGUCCAGAGAAAGGCACCUGGACAGAACUUGAAGGAGAUGUAGCUGAGCCACUUGCAGGACCUGCUUGUUCCACUGUCAUACUACCAGCAUGUGUGCCAUACAACAAAUAACAUCCUGGCAGUGCUGAAAUAGACACUGUUAGCUUCUGAACAGUAAUUAGGAGUGGCAUAAAUAUUUUAAAAGAACAGAGUUUCUGGUACUACAUAUUACAACACUCCACCCCACAACAUUCACAUUUAUGAUUUUAAAAGGACAAAGUAUUGUUCCCGCCUCAGAAAAGAUUGGUAUCUUGCCAGACAACUAAGCUUAAAUGCAUGGAACACUGCACAUGUUGACAGAUUAGCCACUGAAGAUUGAACUUAACUUUUUUCCCUGCUGAAGACCUUCAUAUUGAUUUUAAAUUAAAAGGGGGGAAAUGCUAAACAUCCAAAUACCACCUGAACUGAACGAGAUUAUUAUUGUGCAUUGUAUUUUACCUGCAUGGGAUCUGUGUUGAAGUCAUGAUGAUGUUGUUCACACAAGUAAUUCAGAUCUGAGGUACUGAAAAGCACUGAAUUGCAGAAUCAUCUCCCCCUCCAUUUGAAUCCUGAACCAUGGCUUUUUCAUGUAUUGUGCAAGCAAUGCAACAUCAGAAGGAAGCUCAAAAAAGACAAUGGCAUAGUCAUGCUUCUGUUUUGAACAACAGCCUCUCUUUUGUACUGUACUCUCAAAGUUUUGUGGGUUUCUUUUUUCUUUUUUCUUUUUGGAAACAGCUUCAGGCAAAGACUUUUGGAGUGUGCGGCAUAUAAGUAUAUUAAAUAAAUCCUCAUACCUAUGUGUAGCCAAAAAAGCCAACAGCUGUCAGAGUUACUAUCACAAUUAAUGUUUUAAGAUUGGUGCCAAAUCUUGUUUCUACUUGCACUAAUCUGGAGUGAUUACCUUUGAUGUCCAUAGAUUUUGAUUUUGGCUUGAACAAUUAAGUCUGGUUGUUGUUGUUUUUUUAAAAAGUUUUGGAUUCAGAUUAUUUGUAUAAUGGAUUCAUAAAUAUCAACUGCUUAUUAUCCAAUGUUUCACUUGUUUUGACAAAUUGGUUAGGUGUAUAUUUUAGUUAGGUACAUUUCAAGGUAACUCGUCCAUGUAUGGCUUGUACUAUGUGGUCUUCAGAGGUCUUUAUCAAGUACCUGUAAUCCCCUUCUCUGAUUUUCUUUAACAUAUUAGUAAUACAUUAAACUCUUUGUGCUUUUGGUGAAGUGAUCUAACAGCAUGAUAUUUGCAGUUGUGCAUAACUGUAGAUUCCUUAUUAAAGAAAAAAGCUAGCUAUGCCUAAAUAUAGCCUUUAUUUAGCCUUCUGCCCAAUCUUAGUGCAAUGUAAGUUCAUACACAUCCUCAAUUUUAAUAUUAGCAUAUAUACACUUUCAGAAUGCAAAACGUCCGCUGUGCCUACACUUCUUUUGUCAUCCUUGCAUCAGUAAUCAGGUCCGAGCCAUAUUUCCUUUAGAUAUGUUCAUAGUAAAUAAUGGUCCACAGCCCAAUUAAACUAACUUUAACAGAAUAGGAUGAAGACAAAUGUAGCAUAGAAACACAAUUCAAGUAUACCCUUGAAACAUGAGGGAAGCUUGGCUUCCUCUGGGCUAUUGGUUUAUUCAUUGUCUUAUUAAUUAAAACUUUUUGAAAAUGCCAAAUUUACUUGGUGGUUGUAGGUGGAGAGAUUUCUCGGUGGCAUCACUUCUCCAAACUUUCCACAGAACUCAACUCUGGAAAGGAAUUCUUCUUUUAGACUGAAUAUUGUGAGGAAGCUGCUAUAAAAAUGUUAGAUCUGUCUUCACCCUCAGCUGAACCAUGUAUGCUAACUGUGAUCAACACUGUUUCCUUGAAAUAAUCAAAGGGACAGAGUUUCAACCAGGGUUUUUCAGACAUAGACAAUGAAUUUCUUUUGUUCUUAUGGAUUACCUUGUUGCAAAAGUGCAACAGAAACUUGUACACAGUUGUGCAACAUAGUAAUCAAUUUGUGCAAAAGUAUUAAUGUAACCUCAAAAGUACAAGGCAGUUUAGAAUCAGGUCCAACUUUCCCUUGGCUGUAUAUGCAGAUUUCAGUAAUUACAGUGAAUCAGGUAAGAAGCAAAAAGGCACCAAAUGUUGGCUUCUGCUACAAUAAAAAUAAACAGAAGGCACAAAUCAUAGCUGGCCAAAGAAAACAAUUGGUAAGAUAUUGUUAGACUUACACUACCCUUCUGACACUGCUCCAAAUCUAUUGAAGUCAGUGGGCUUAGAAGGGAGUAAUUUUACUUAAGGUAGCAUUGUUAGGCUUCUAAGAAAGUGACAGAAGUAAAGGAGAAUUAAUAUUGGAUGUCUUUCUAUGAUAUAAUUACUCUAUUAAUAUUAUUACCAGUCCUACUAUUUUGUUUAUGCUAACUCCAUUGUUGUCAUUUGCAUACAAUCAGAAGGUUCACUCUCCAAAUGUAGCAAAUGAAUCGUUGAGAGAACUGCGCACUAAAAAGAACAAUUAUAACAAAAAUCCUGCUGAGGGGAUCCCUGAAAUGGAAGUGUUUGUCCUGGAAUAUCAACCCAUUUUUCUACGUAGUGCAAUCUGGAUUAGUUUUGUAUUUAUUUGUGUUGUUCAGAUCCAAGGGAUUACUUGUAAAAUAAUAUUUUGUGCAAUCAUAACUUCUGGGAAUUUUGUUUAGAAAUAUAUAUGUGUAUAUAAAUAUAUGAAAAGGAAGCUUGUUACUUACGCUAAAUGAGAGUACUGUUAAUGGCAUUUAAAUCCAGGAUAUAAUUGUCAAUGAACAUUGUCUCAUGCCACUGUUAAAAUGCCACUUUAAUGGGAGGGGUUGGUGGUUUCUUGUCCAUUUUAGUUUGUUUGUUUUUUAAAUCAAGAAUAAUUUAAAGCAUUUAUGAGGAUUAUAUGUAAAUCUUUCUAGCUUUCUGGAAGGCAUGACUAUGGAAACCAUAAAAGUUGCCAAUCAUGUAAAUUAUGUACAGUAUUAGAAUGUGUAAAUGAAGCCUGCUUGUAGGGGGAGGGAACUUUAAAUAAAACCUUAUGUACUAAUA